UAUUUGUUGGAGUUCAGUUAACUUGCUAAAGGCUGUAUGUGUUGUGCCCUCGUACUAGGUUGUAGACAAAGCAGAGAUAGAUAAAAGUUAAGGCAAUUAAAGGUUUUGGUUUCAUAUUUCUUCCAAUAUAGUUCUCAUCUGAGGACAAAUCUGGGACUUAUACCAUGAUGAGGAGCCUUUUCCUCUGUAUCUCAGUACUGGUUAUAUUUUGGUCUGCCAGGGCUCUCUGCAAGACAGUUUUUUCUAGCAGCCAAAAAGCACACAUGCUCCUGCGUUCAAGAAGAGCUAACACAUUUAUGGAGGAAAUAAAGCCCCCAUCAUUGGAGCGUGAGUGUAAGGAGGAAAUAUGCAGUUUCGAAGAGGCGAGGGAAAUCUUCAACACCCGGGAGGCCACGCUGGAUUUCUGGACGGUGUAUACAGAUGGAGACCAGUGUGCCUCAACUCCAUGUGUUAAUGGAAAGUGUGUGGACCUGUUUCAGGAUUACUUCUGCAACUGCAACCCUGGGUUUGAAGGGAAACGUUGUGACUCGCGCAUCACAGCCACUAACUGCUCUGUGAACAAUGGUGAUUGUGGUCAUGAUUGUCACGAGAAAGAGGACGGUCUCGGUCGCAAAUGCAGUUGUAUUAAAGGAUACCAGCUCCAAGAUGACUCUAAAAAGUGUACUCCCAAAAAUGAGGCUUCAUGUGGCCAGAUUCGACUUGCAAAGUCAUUCUAUAAGAAGAAGACUAUGAUAGGUUUACAGCCAUGGCUUAUGGGGGGUACAGUUGGUAAAAAGGGAGAGAGUCCCUGGCAGGCACUUAUACUAGAUCAUAAGGGUAAGCUUCACUGUGGUGGAGUUUUGAUUGAUGAAAACUGGGUUCUCACGGCAGCUCACUGCCUAGAGUCAAGCACACGCUUAACUGUCAGACUAGGUGACUAUGAACGAUUCAAGAUAGAAGGAACAGAGAUGGUCUUUACCAUAAAACAGGCCAUCGCUCACCCACAAUACAACCGUUUCACAGUGGACAAUGACAUAGCUCUGUUGCACUUGUCUGGACCAGCAACAUUUUCCACAUACAUCCUCCCAGCAUGCCUCCCUAGCCGGGACUUGGCAGAAAGAGUGUUGCAUCGCAACGGUACCAUGACAGUUGUCACUGGCUGGGGGAAGGAUAAUGAGACAGCUAAACAUUUCAUUUCAACUCUCAACUUCAUUGAUAUUCCAAUUAUAGACAGUAAAGUGUGCUCCAGCUAUAUGAUUAACAAUCUGACGCAGAACAUGUUAUGUGGUGGCGUGCUGGGGCAAAUAAAAGAUUCUUGUAAGGGGGACAGCGGGGGUCCGAUGGUGACAAUGUAUCAUGAUACAUGGUUCCUCAUUGGUCUGGUGUCCUGGGGAGAGGGCUGUGGGAAGAAAAACAAACUGGGUAUCUACACCAAAGUGUCCAGCUAUGUGGAUUGGAUAGAUAGCGUUCGUCAGAAGUGGGAUAAAGUUUAGGCCUCUGACAUCUCUGUCUUUUUCUGCCUAUCAAUGAAACUAAUGCAUCACAGAAGUUCCUAGAGUGUUCCAUAGUUAUUUCAGUGAGGAGAAUGACGUAAUAAACACUGUCCUUUAUUCUGCAA